AUGUCCUUCGCCCCCAUCCCCAGCCCAGCGCCGGACCAGAUACCCGGAGAAAACCACAACAUGCCUCUGAUAACCAACCCAAACUACUCCAUGGACGCCCCUACCCUGAGAACCCAAGCGUCUGAGGUAGCGGACUCUGAGUUCCCAACCACCCAAGAAAAGGAACCCAGCCCACCUCCAACUACGGUCAUCCACCCCUCACCGGGCCCAUACAGCACGCCCCAGGAUGACCUAAUGGAAUACAAUGCCUUCCACCUACCAGAGAGCUUUGAAUACAGGGUUUUGGGAAUAAGCAGUGAACACUUACGCCACAAUGUCCUAGAAAGAGCCAAACAAGAAUGGCAGAGAGCCAGGAACUUCUCAGUAAUCAUUGUUCCCUUCUACAUGUCCUUCUCCCUCACCCAAAUCCAAAAAGCCAAAACCAACACCACAAUCUUCCUAAAGCGAGCCUUCCCAGGCUCGCAAGGCACUCUAACCGUCAUCCCCGCUGCCAAGGCUAUGGACCAGCAAGGAGAAGAACCCCUCCCGUGGGGGAUCAUGAUAGCCGGACUGAUGUACUGCGAUGCCGCCACAUUGCUCCACCACCAGUUCUGGCUGUCAAAGGCCUUCUGCUUUGUGGCAUACCCCACAACGCCCUUCAUCUCAACCUGGAUUGGGAACUGGGCCUUUGCCAUGAACGAGAACGAUAAACCCACUGUCAUAGAAUGCCUUAAGAGCAACCUCGCAAAUGCCCACACAAAAAUAGGAAAAUACCUCCACACAAAAAUCCCAGAUGCGGCUGAACACCUCUUCGUCAUCGAGUCUGCGAAAGUCCAGCCAAUAAAUGUAAUCAAACAAAAUAGCGAGGCCACUCACUGGGCAUUCACAGUUGACUCCCCCCACCCUACCGAUGCCAACCAACAUAAACAAUGGAUCACCGCGGCUGAAGCCACCGUAUGGUACCAUGCAGAAAUAGCCACUGGGGAACUCUGCAACCCCCGCAACACCUGUAAAUGCUGCAAAGGCAAGGACCAUGUCAGCGCACGGACAGUUAUCUGGCCGGCCCGGACCCCUAUCCAGAUAGGUUGA